AUGAAUGACACAAUAAAUUUGCAUUGGGCCAAACUUGAAAAUGCAAUCACUGGCACCACUCUUCCAGUUCGACCUUCUACUGCUAUAUCAACACCUUCCAAUAAAAUUCUACGAAAAACCCUCUCAAGAGAUGCAAUUCGAAAAACAAAUCAAUCUAAUAGAAAAAGUUUUUCUUGCCUAAAUACAUCAUUUCCUCGUCCAUUCACAGCGCAAACAACAACAGCAUUGCUUAAUUCAUCAUAUUUUGAUGGUUUAUCAAAUGCUGAGCUAUCAGAAAUAUUCAGAGCUAAAUGUGAAGACUUACAGAUUUCUCUCCAUCAAGAACAAGAAAUGAAAUUUCAAAUGUUUUCUGGCAAAAGCUUUAAGGAUCGAAAGUUUGAUAUGAGAAAAUGCUGCAUUGGGCCAAGCGCUGCUAAAAAAAUAGGUGAUUUGCUUAGAAUUAGGAUUAUUAAAGUCAGGUGCUAGCCAUAUUGGCGACGCAGUCACCAAAGACCUCCCGUACGGGAGGUUGUCCGCUUUUCGACUCCAGCCCAGAGGUCUAUCCCUCUUACGAGUGCCCUUUCGGUACCUCUGUCUCAUCCUUGCCUUGAGGCUUCAGUCUUGAGUGGGCAACUUAUGGAUUUCUGCGGCCCUUCUAAGGGCGAUUGGAGUAGCUUGAUUCAGGGAUCCUUGGAGUCUAUCGGGUGUCGAAGUGCCUUUCUUCGAGAGCUACAGGAAAAAGACUGUUCCCUGUGGCCUGAGCCGAAACCCCCAGCUUCUCGGUAGAGGAAUGCCUAUGGGUCCUCGAAUCCAAAGGACGUUGUUGAGCACCUCCAUUUCCAGCCACAGGAAAGCAGCCAAAACCUACCCGGAUACACACCACUUGAGCCUGAUUCUCGGCUCGGGUCUGGACUGCUGCGCCAAGAGGGCAGGUUGACACGUGUCGCCAUUUUAAUGCAUAUGUGAUAUGCUUAGAAACAGCAACAAAUUUUAUAGUAUUCUACUUGCAAAAAAUAGCAUCGGAGAUGAAGGUGCUAUAUAUCUGGCAAGAUGUCUGUCUAAAAAUAAAAGCAUUGUACAUAUAGAUAUAAGCAGUAAUGACAUUACUCCUGGAGGGGCAAAGGUGAUUUUAAAUUUAUUGACUGCGCAUCCAUCAAUGAUAAGUUUUGAUAUUUCAUCGCAUGAAGGUUUACACCGAAAUAGGCUCUCAACAACUGCCUCAAAAUCUGUCGCACAAAUGCUGAAAUAUAAUAAGCUUUUACUUUAUCUGAAUUUUGCAAGCACUGCUUUAGGGCCUUUUGGAAUGGUGAAUUUGAUAGAGGGGCUCAAAAUGAAUAAAACUUUACUAUUUCUAAACUUAUCAAAUAAUAAUUCUGGGGCAAGGCCGAUGGAAUUGCUAGCGAAAACUCUUGUAAAUACAAAUUUGGAAGAACUGGAUAUAUCUAUGAACAAUAUAACUGAUGAAGGAAUCGAACCUUUUGCUAAUCUGUUUAAUGGGCUUUAUGGUGCAAUGUGCAAAUUGAAAAAAUUUGACUCUUCAGGAAAUAAAUUGAGUUUUAGAGGUGGAGGUAAACUGUUCAGGUCCCUCAAAAGCAAUCCUCAUUUAAAAGCUCUUAAUAUCGAAAAUAACCCUUUAGGCCCUCACAUUUCAAACUACAUUAAAGAAUUGUUAGAAGCAAAUACAGAACUUGAAUACUUGAAUAUGUCGAAUUGUAACCUUCAAGACGAAGGAGUUUCAGUCAUUACUGAGCCUUUACUUCCCUUUUCCUAGAGCAAGCAAAACAAUAUUUUUUAAGUAUAUGUGAGCGAACAAAAAAUUUUGUGGAUAUAAUUAAAAAUUCUUGGUGAAAAAUAUUUUGAUAUAUAUGUGAUAAUUGUUAUAACUAAAAUCUCUAACUAAUUCUGUUGAAUUUUAAACAUUCACAUUUUAAAACAUAAAUUUACGAUUUUUGCUUUCGAAUUUAUGCAACUUGUGAUUUUUUUAAAUAAAUUUACUAUAAAAAUAUAUAUAAAAUUUUUAAACACAAAUUAACCACCUCCAUGAGCGAACGAAAAUAUUUUGUCCACUGAUGGUAAGCAGAGCUAGGGAAAAAUUUCAGCCUAAAAACUCUUAUAUUAAAAAAGAAUUUAUUAGGAAAUGAAGGGGUUCAACAUAUAGCUUUUGGUCUCUGAAGUUAGUUAGCUAGUUAGUUUUAAAUGGCCAUACGUAGGCGAACCAGCGGACCACAACACCUCAGCUCAAAAGAUGACUCCAGGUCGGGUUCUGAUGCGACUAUACUCCCAGGCUCGAUGCCAUCUUGAUUUCUGGUCAAAACCACCUGUCCAGAGGAUCAGCUCCUUUGGACAGAGCCACUCUUGGAGGAGUGCCCCGAUGGUCCCGAUGAGGGAAGACCAUGUGGUAGGAAAAACCUGUCUAGUCCACCUGGCAUGGACAGGGAAAACCUUCGAAGGAGAAAUAAAAUUUUCCUUUUCGGCAUAGCUCCCCCACCCCUGAAGGCCUACUUGAGACAGGGAAUGAGGCCCUAUAUUUCAGCUUCAUCAGGAAUGGGUCCUACCUGCUCCAUAGGAGGUGCGCCUCGGAGUCCAAUUUCCGUCAACGUCACCAUUUUAUUUUCUUUUGGUCUCUGAAGGAAUGCCUCGCUUACCUCUAUUGAUCUUUCUAAUAAUAAAAUUACGAAGCAAGGAGGAGUAUGCCUUGCAGAGUCAUUACAAAAAAAUAAAACUUUGCAAUCACUUGAACUAAAAGAAAACGAUUUAAAAGAUGGUGCAGGAAGAGAGCUGUCAGAAGCUUCAAGGUUAAACAAGAGCAUUCUUAAUCUUUCAUUGGACUUAAACCCACUCGAUUAUAAAUACAUAAAGAACAUCAAUCAGAACAUGAAAAUCAAUCGAGCUUUAUUCAGAAGUAAAAGAGCCCCUGCUAUAAAGAGUGACCUAAAAAGAUUAUUCAAUUAAAAAUGUAAAUAGACAAGGAUAUAAAAUUUUAAAUAAUAUUCUAUGGUUAAAAAUUGUAUAGAUAUUAAGGCAAAAUGCUAUAAAAUUUGUAGAUAAAAAGAGCGUUGAUGAAAUAGAACUAUCAAUAGAUGAAAAGAAGAAAGAGCAAGAAGAUGCAGAAAAUAAAUUAUCUGUCCAAAAAUCAAAGCUUGAAGAACUAAAGGCAAAAGAAAAAGAGAAGCUUGAUGAGCUUAUAGCAGAAUAUCAAAAAUAUGUUGAAAAAUCUGAAGAACUCAGCGUGAUUUUGAAUAAAAUUUUAGAAGAAAUGAAAAUUUUCAGCAAUAGAGCAGGCAAAGAAAUGCUCUCUUGCAAAAUAGUACUUGAUGUGGCUGAUGCUGAAUUGAAAAACCUGGAAAACAGAAGUAAUUUUUAAUCAGAAAAUGCACUUUAUUUAGAUUUCAGCUCGAAAAGGGAGUGCUUGAAAACUGAAAAAGCAAGUCUGAAGCAGAAAAUAGAGAGAGAAGAAACAGGAAAAAGAAUUGCUGAAAAUGAGUUGCAAGAUAUGAAAUUCAAGUUGAGAGAAACGAAAAUAGAGCUUGCUAAGCUUAAAAUCCAAAUAAAUUCUGGAGAAACCAAGGAAGUUUCAUUAUUUGGGCAAAUACCUAAAAAUGAAUCAAAGUCUAAAUACAGGGUAAAACCUAAAAAAAAGAAAAAAAUCCAAAAAAUGGAUACUGCUAUACAGGAAAUAUUAGCGACACUUCAAGAAGAUUAA